AUGCACAGAAUUACUUCACUCAUUCUCUUCUCCUCUUUGAUCUCAACUGCUGCUGCAGCACAGUGGGCGAAAAUCUGCUCAAGUCAACCUGCAAACAAAAUCAGAGGCUGUGGCUCCCAGGGCUGCGGCAGAUACGACAACCCCAGAGGCGGGAGGAAGCACCGGGGAGUGGACGUGGUGUGCGAGGAUGGCUCGGUGGUGCACGCACCCUUCGCGGGAAAGAUCGACAAACAAGCCAGGCCCUACGGAAACGGCAACGCCAUCGACAACGGGGUCCAGCUUUCAGGAUCAGGAUUCUGCGUUAAGAUGUUUUACAUCAGACCCAUCAAGUACAGCAGCCCCAUCAAGAAGGGAGAGAAAAUCGGCGUCCUGCUGCCCGUGCAAAGGGUCUACCGAGGAAUUACGUCCCAUGUCCACAUCCAGAACUGUGACUUAACAGACCCUACUCCCAGCCUGUAG